AUGUCUCUCAAUCGUCAAUCUUCUUCGUCAUCCACUGCUUCGGGUUCUGGCUCCAACUCUGAGCUCGCUUUCGAACCUUCUCGAGCAGAUUCUGAAAAUGUAACACAACCAUCUUCAGUAUCAUCCGUAAUAUCAAAUUCAUCUUUUAAUCAUUCAAUAGAUGAGAUAUCUAGUGAAUCAAGUAUAAAUACACCCCGACGUACACCCAGAACAUCAGCGAAAAGAAAACGUAAUCCGGAUUAUAGGUCUGAAUCUUCGAUUUACAUAGUAUCGAACAUAAUAGCAAGAUCAUUCGAAAAGUUGAUUGGACAAAAUGGGAAAUUAGAAUAUCAUUAUUUGGUAAGGUGGGAAGGAUAUAGUCCGAAUGAUGAUACAUGGGAACAAAAAAGUAAUUUGAUGAUGGGAGCAGGUGGUUUAGUCAGAGAAUUUGAUAGUAAACCUCACCCAUUCACGAUUCUCGAUUCACGUCGAACGAACACUAUGAUAUAUCUAAUUCGUUAUGGAGAAUCAACAAAAAUCUCGCCAUCACCAUAUUGCGUUAAAGAAUGGCACAACGUUACUCAAAUGAGAAGGAUCGGUGGAUUAGACAAAGAUGUCAUCGCUCAAGCUGUAGCUGAUUUUAACGAGGAUACGGUUCCUGAAAGGGGUGCUAGUCCAAGGAUUGUUCAACUUCAGAAAGCUCAAUGUAUACUUGCCAUUUUGUAUAGAAAGGACAUCAGACUAAAGCAGAGUUCCGUUCACUCGACUCCUAUCUAUAUGGUGAGAUGGAGAGACAAGCGAAUGAUCAAAGAAGAAUGGUUAAAAUAUCAUCAAAUCAUCCAUAAGUUUGAAGAGGAUGGCAGAGCGUUCUUAAAGGAAUGGAACGAACAAAUGGGUUAUGGUGGUAAGAAGCCGAAAAAAGAUGACGGAUCAGCUACUCCGCUCAGCGAAUACGAGGUGGAACGACUGAAGAACAUAGAAGCGAAUAAGGAGCUCAUGAAGACUUUGGGUUUGCAUGUUUGA